AUGGCCGUAUCUUCAUCUGUUCAACUAGCCAUCUUCGAGAGCGCGAUGCGGUCCUUCACUGUAAUAUCUGCCUUGGCAGCUAUUUUCCCAAAUCUUGUGCCGGUGACAGCGUCGCAGCCGGAUUAUUCCACGAUAGACCUGACCGGCCUGGACCUGACUUCCUUCCCGAAUAACUCUCUCUUCACGCGAUGGCGUCCGAGGUCUCAUUUCAUGGCGCCACAUUCAUGGAUGAAUGACCCGUGUGCACCGUCCUAUGAUCCCUCGUCCGGGCUCUACCACCUGUUUUACCAAUUCCAUCCUGCACACAUUGCCUGGGGUAACAUAUCCUGGGGCCAUGCUACGUCGCAGGACCUUGUUACAUGGACAGAUGUCAUCGCAUGGGAGGCAUACAGCGCAGUCGCCCUCUCCCCAGGUCCAAAUGGAACAAUGGAUCACCUUGGAGUAUACACAGGGUCUGCGCAGUUCCUGAACGUGACGGAAAACCAGACCUGGGGCUUGCCUGUACAGUAUGCAACCUCCGGAGGACAGACAGUCAUGCUCGCCUUCUACACCGCCGUAUCGAGUACGGAGGCACAGGCCCUCGCCAUUUCCGAUGACGGAGGGCAUACAUGGUCGAAGUUCGAGGGUAUGGGCAUCAACCCUGUGAUCCCUAACGCGCCUCCUAACCUCGACGUCACUGGAUUCCGUGAUCCCUCCUAUGAGCUAUGGCCUGAGAUGGAUUCGAUCCUCCAGGUGGACGAGCCGCAUUUUUACUCUGUCUUCGGCUCCGGAAUCGUCAACGUUGGGUCGCGCCUGCAGUUCUACACUGCGCCGGCAUCCAAUGUGACUCAUUGGUCGUAUCUCGGUCCACUCCUCUCCGUCGCAGGCAACGCAUCGUGGUCCGAGACCUACUCUGGCUCUUUCGGAUUCUUUUUCGAGGUUCCAGGUACCUUCUCCCUUCCCGAGCUUGCAGAGAACGGAGGCGAUGGAGUGACGAGCCACCACUUCGUCAUGAUGGGCUCGGGCGGCGGGAACACCGUCUUGCACCCACUCAGCAACUGGCCGCUCUGGUCCGAAGUCGACAUCGUGCGUUCAGCGAACGGCUCCGCGGAAGGCACCAUACGGUCGUCGGGCGUCAUCGAUUGGGGACAUUCCUACGCGUGGAAUUCCUUCUACGACAAGCCUCACGACCGCCGUAUCACAUUUGGCUGGAUACCAGAGGACCUCGGCCCACUGCUCCCACAGGGCUGGACCGGAGCUCAUUCCCUCCCCGAGAGCUGUACGUCCAGCUGGACAAUGACCACCCUUUCCAUGCGCCCCGCUCCAGAGGUUGUGGCUGCAUUGUGCGAGAACGCGACGACGACUCGCCUGGACGAUGUCGUCGUGUCCGCAGGCGACACUGCCCCCGGACAGUUCCACGAUCUGAAUGUUACCAGCGACUCUGUCGUCAUCCAUGCGGAGAUCGACAUCCCGGUUGACACUACAUCGGACGUCAGCUUUGUUCUCCGUCGCAGCCCAGACGGCGAGGAGCAGACGCUGGUCACCUACGAUCCCGUCCUCGAGAUGCUCACCAUGAACUUGACUUCGUCGACCCUCCUCAAGCCAUCAUUCGUCGGCACCGCAAACCAUGUCGCCCCGCUCUUCCUUCUCGAUACAUACAACGGCUCCCAGGUCGAGACAGUUCGCGAGCCGCUAGUGCUCGAUAUCUUCCUCGACAACUCGGUCAUCGAGGUGUUCGCGAACUCUCGUGUCGCGAUAAUCGGCCGCACCUAUCCAGCGAGGAACGACUCACUGGGAGUGGGAUACGUUGUCGGUGCGGGCAACGGGUCGGUCACGUUCAAGCAGGUCACGAUCUGGGAAGGAUUGGAGAGAGCUUGGCCAGAAAGACCGGACAACACGAGCACGCAGCUGGUCUACGACACGCCGGAGGAAACGGAUAACUAUGUGUGGUGGGUAGGGUACUGAGUGCAAGACAAUUCCGUGAUCACUAUCUCAGAAGACACUCUUGCUGGCUGAGCACCUGUGACGAAGAGAUGCGGAUGGUACGAGUUGGUACACGAGUGGACUGGUACAAAUACAGCUUUCAAAAACACAUAUGAAGCUCCUUGCCGUUCACGCCUACAUUAUCGCCUUGAGAAUAGCUUGGGGCCUGUACAUGGAAUGUUAGCAAUCCAUCAAAGCCUACUUACGGUUCGCGAGGCCUACAC